AAGAAGAAAUAUAUUAAUUUGCUUACUAUGACAGAGUGAGCCUUCUAAUAUGGUUCAUGUUGUUAAAAAGUUUUGCUGCUGAUUCAAUAUGGUGCUGUGGAAAAUAUUAUUUAAAAUUGCAAUAGUUAUUGGUGUUGCAAAUCCAAUAAUAGCUGAAAAUUAUGCAGAAGAGUCUUUCGAGUUUACAGAUGUUCCACUGGAUGAUAUGCCAAAUUCAGAUCACAGUCUGAAAAUAUAUAAAAGUGGAAGAAAACGCUUUCAGAAGACAUUUGUAGGAGGUUGCAUCAAACAGCCAGAUCCACCUAUAAAUGGUAAAAUUAAGUGUUCAAUGGACAGUGGCUGUAUUGCAAGUUGCAAUCAGAAUUAUAAAUUUCCAAAUGGUGUUGUCCAACUGGCUGUAACUUGUAGUGACAAGCAAUGGCAUAUUGUUGGCACAGAAUGGAAUUCUGUGCCUCACUGCGAACCAAUUUGUAUGCCGGAGUGUUUAAACAAUGGAGUGUGCAUUGCACCUCAUCAGUGCAACUGCCCUGAAGAUUUUACUGGACCGCAGUGCCAGUUCGAAAAUAAACCAUGUAUGGAAUAUCCACCUACAGUGCUUAAUUCUCACAAGUUAUGUAAUUCAAAAACUUGCAGCAUAUCUUGUUUGAAAAAUUUCACAUUUCCUGAUGGCUCAUCCAUUACUAAUCUCGUUUGUAAGAAUGGAAAUUGGAUACCUACUAGACAGGAUUGGGUUUCUGUACCUGAUUGUAAACCUGUAUGCGAUCCACCUUGCCAAAACGGGGGUAAUUGUUUACCAUUAAACCUCUGCCAAUGUCCACAAGCAUAUCGAGGACCGCAGUGCCAGUAUUCUGCGGACGCUUGCAAUGGAGAAAAAAUAGGGUUUAAUGGUGGCUUUCACUGCAGUAGUAACGGUGACGAUUACUCAUGUAUCCUGAAUUGUCCAGAUGGAAUAGAAUUUGAGUUUCCUCCUGCAGCAGAAUACAAGUGUUCUUAUGAAACUGGUGUCUUCGAGCCACAGCCAAUACCUCAGUGCAAAUACAGUGAAAAUAUGAACAUAAUUUCAUUAGGCACAACGUACAAUUCCUAUGUCAAAGAAACUAAUCAUACAUGGACGUACCAAGAUAUUUCUGGUUCUAAUAUCAAACAGUCUCCACUGGCUAAGACUGAAUACAAUAUUUAUAAUAAUAUGACUUCAGGAACGAUAACAUUUGAUUCUAUGAAAGACAAUAUAUUAUUUAUUGAAGAAAAGCAACCAGUUCCAAAAGUUUGCUUUACCUGGGGUGGAGUCCAUUACAAAACCUUCGAUGACAAUAUUUUCACCUUUACCAGCGAGUGUUCUUAUGUUCUGGUUCAGGAGGCGCAAAACAGACUCUUCACUAUUAUAGUGGAGAACAGUCCAACGUGCAAAACCCAAGAUUGUUUCAGAAUUAUAAAAAUCUACGUUCAGGAAAAGGAAUACAUCUUGACAAGGAAUGAAUUCGGCAUCCCGGAAUUUAAAACUUCAAAGAAACUGUUGCCUAUUCCAAUACAGUUACCAGCUAUAAGAGUUGAAUUAUCAGCACACUUCAUUGUAGUAACCUUGGAUUCUUUAGGAAUUCAAUUAAAGUGGGAUGGAGCUCUAAUGCUACAAGUAGAGGCUUUAGAAAAUAUGUGGAAUAAAACAGUUGGUCUCUGUGGUAAUAUGAAUGAUGAUAAAACUGAUGAUUUGGUAAACAGAAAUGGGGAUCUCGCAAGAAGCAUUACAGCAUUUGCUUCGUCCUGGAGAACAGAAAACAUUGGAGACAUGUGUGACGAAUAUCCGAACACUCUUCAUUCUUGUGAAUCUAAUCCAUUCAAUGCUGGCGAUGCUAUCAAUUUUUGUGCCAACUUGCUGUCUGACCAUAGAUUUAGGGGUUGUACACGUACCAUUAAUAUAGCCGAACUGAAGAAUGCAUGUUUAUGGGAUUAUUGUGCUUGUACAGAUAAUGAUAAGAGGACAUGUGCAUGUAACACAAUGAAUGUUUAUGUCAGACAAUGUGCUCACAAAAAAGUAGUAUCUUUAUCUGGUUGGAGGAAUAACGAUACUUGUCCUAUGGUUUGCAACAAUGGACGAGUAUACAUGCCUUGCGGGCCAACAACAGAAUUGUCUUGUUGGAGUGGAUUAGAAAGAAAGUUAAACGUCGAUAACUGUGAAGAGGGUUGCUUUUGCCCAGAAGGGACUGUGGCUCAUGAAGGAAAGUGCGUGAACCUUGAAGAAUGCCCUUGUAGAUUACGUGGAAAGCUAUUUCCACCAGGCAAGAGUGUACAAAAAGACUGUAACACGUGUACAUGCUCCUCCGGGAAAUGGAUAUGUACACAAGUUAGAUGCAGUGCUAGAUGUGCUGUCAUUGGGGAUCCUCACUACACAACUUUUGAUGGGAAACAUUAUGAUUUCAUGGGAAAAUGUAAAUACUAUUUAAUGAAAGGUGAUGACUACGCUAUAGAAGGAGAAAAUGUUCCCUGUUCUGGAGCAAUAACAGAGAGUAUGGGGCUUGUUCCAACUGACGCACCAUCCUGUACGAAAACUGUGACUAUCGAUUACAAAGGAACUGGUAUAAAACUGAAGCAAAAUGGUCAAGUAUUAAUGAAUGGGGAUGAUGUAACUGUCUAUCCGACUGUUGUCAACGGUAUCAGGAUACGCAUUGCCAGCAGCAUAUUCUUAGUUACUCAUUUACCAAAUGGUUUGGAAAUAUGGUGGGAUGGAAUUUCUCGUGUAUAUAUCAAUGCUCCACCUGAAUUCCAUGAUAAAACCAAAGGACUUUGCGGUACAUUCUCAGAAAAUCAAAAAGACGACUUUCUUACGCCAGAAAGUGAUAUAGAACAGACAGCAGCUUGUUUCGCUAAUAAGUGGAAGGUAGAUGAAUUUUGUGAGAAUGUCCCAGAAAAGGAACUGGAUCAUCCUUGUGAUUUAGACCCACAGAAACGAGCAACCGCAAAGCAAUACUGUUCCUAUUUGUACAGUGAAAUAUUUGCAGGUUGUCACUGGCAUGUGGAUCCAGAAACGUUCUAUAAAGACUGCAUGUUCGAUAUGUGCUCUUGUAAAGUAGACCUUCACUUAUGCCUCUGUCCCAUAUUGGCAGCGUAUGCAAAGGAUUGUGCUUCCGCUGGAGUGAAGCUCCUAUGGCGACUGGAUGUCGAAGAAUGUAAAGUACAUUGUCCUGCGAACCAAGUGUAUCAGAUUUGUGGGAACAGUUGCACAAGGUCUUGUGGAGAUAUAUCUUCUUACCAAGAUUGCAGGCAAGAAUGCGUAGAAGGAUGCAACUGUCCAGAAGGUGAAACAUUGGACGUUCAUGGAGAGUGUAUUCCAAUCGGGCAGUGUCCUUGCAUAUACGCAGGAUUGGAGUUUCAAUCAGGGCAUAAAGAAAUCAGACCUGGAAACAAAGCUCUUGAACUUUGCACCUGCACAGGUGGUGUUUGGAACUGUCAAUUAGCAACACCUGAUCAAAUUAAAGAAUAUCCAGCAACUAAAGAUCUAUUAACAUACUGCGUGGCAAGUCAACACUUAGAAGUUACAGACUGUGCACCAAUAGAACCUCGAACUUGUCAGAACAUGCACAAAGAGGUCUCAAUUAGGUCGUCAGAUUGUAAAUCUGGCUGCGUAUGCAAAGCUGGCUAUGUAUUGGAUACAUUAGGUGGCAAUUGUAUAAAGGAAGAAUCUUGCCCCUGUCAUCACGGAGGUCAAAGUUUCCACGAAGACUCUGUCAUACAAAAUGAAUGCAACACUUGCAAAUGUAAGAAUGGAAGAUGGGAUUGCACAGACAGAAUAUGCGCAGGAGUUUGUUCAGCUUGGGGUGAUUCACACUAUAAAACAUUCGAUGGAAAAAUCUACGAUUUUCAAGGAAUGUGCGACUAUGUUUUGGCCAAAGGUGCACUGAACCCUGAAGACUGCUUUGUUGUAUCAAUACAAAAUGUACCUUGCGGAACUACCGGUGUAUCCUGCUCCAAGUCAAUUACUUUUACGAUUGGACAUAACGACAAUUCAGAAACCAUUGUUUUAACAAGAGGCAAAGAGUUACCUUCAGGAAACUUUAAGAGACUCGUAAUGAGGACAGCUGGCUUAUUUGUAUUUAUCGAUGCCCCAGAUUUGGGAUUGAGUGUUCAGUGGGACAAAGGUACUAGAGUCUAUGUAAGAUUAGAUCCUAGAUGGAAAGGCUAUCCGAAGGGACUUUGCGGCGAUUAUAAUGACAAUGGUGAAGAUGAUUUUAAGACACCUUCUGGUGGUAUAUCAGAAGCAUCAGCAAACUUAUUUGGAGAUUCCUGGAAGAAAAAUGAUUUUUGUCCGGAACCUAAAGACGUUAGUGAUCCCUGUGAACAACAUCCAGAGAGAAAAUUAUGGGCAGCACAGUACUGUGGCUUACUAAAAUCUUCUAUCUUUAAACCAUGUCAUUCUGAAGUGGAAGUUCAAAGUUACUUACACAAUUGCAUCUUUGACACUUGUGGCUGUGAUACAGGAGGCGACUGCGAAUGCCUUUGCACAGCAUUAGCAGCAUAUGCACAUGAGUGCAGUGCGAAAGGCGUUCCAAUAAAAUGGCGCAGCCAAGAUCUUUGCCCCAUGCAGUGCGAUGAAAAAUGCAGCACAUACUCUCCUUGUAUAACAACUUGUCCUCGUGAAACUUGUGACAAUCUGAUGAUUUUGAAGGAUCAGUCUCACUUGUGCUCGCAAGACACUUGUGUUGAAGGAUGCUCAGUGAAAUCAUGUCCAGAAAAUGAAGUAUACAGUAACAACAAUUACACAGAAUGUGUCCCUAAAGAAACUUGCAAAACACCUUGCAUUGAAAUUAAUGGGGUAACUUAUUAUGAAGGUGAUAGUGUCAGCUCUGACAAUUGUCAAACAUGUUUCUGUAGUCGUGGUAAGGUGUUGUGCAAAGGAGAAUCUUGCACAACUGUCUCUGCAUUAAGUACUGUUCCACUGGAAGAACCACAAAGAUGUGUGGAUGGUUGGACAGCUUGGAUAAAUCAGGACACAGCGAUUAAAGGAAGAAAGUUUAAAGAUAUUGAACCUUUACCCAGUUUAAUAGAUCUGGCAAGUAUAGCAGAAUCUGCAAUAUGCGAUAAGAACCACAUGGUUGAUAUAAAAUGUAGAUCUGUGAAGCGACAUUUGACACCGAAAGAAACUGGUUUAGAUGUAGAAUGUAGUCUAGAACGUGGACUUUACUGUCGAUCCCAACCUAAUCUUCCUUGCAUUGAUUUUGAAAUUAGUGUUCUGUGUCAGUGUACAGACAACACUAGUAAGACUGUUAAUACACCAGAGAUACCAACUACAGAGAAAUCUACUUAUGGAGAAUGCAGUGUACAAUAUCCUAAUCAACCUCAUCCUACAGACUGUCACCUAUUUUACCAAUGCACACCAGGAGUCAAUGGAAAUGAACUUGUGCAAAAAUCAUGUGGUGAAAGUUUAAUGUACAAUCCACAAGCGCAAAUUUGUGACUGGCCAGCAAAUGUAAUUGCUCUAAGACCAGAAUGUUCACUAGUACAAACACCUACACCCAAGACUGAAUGGACAGUAGAUAAAAAAACAAAUACUACAACCACAAUAUCAACAACCUUCGAGAAGAACAUUAUAACAACAAAACUUUGUCAGGAGGGCGAAACUUGGAGUGACUGUGUUAUUAAUUGCAACAAAGUUUGCGAUUAUUAUCGUUAUCGCUUAUUCAAGGAAGGCUACUGCAGUGGUGGUUCUGAAUGUAUAUCAGGAUGCGUUUCAUUGGAAAGACCACAAUGCCCUCCACAUAAAUUCUGGAGGGAUUUUAUGACCUGUGUCAAUGAAGCUGAUUGUACUUGUAAAUCCCAUGAAGGAGAACUGAUCAUCCCUGGAGCUGUGUUGAAGGAAUCAGAGUGUGAGAUUUGUCAGUGCAUCAACAAUUACUAUACUUGUGAUAGAUCAUUAUGCAUUGAUGCUAUUAAUAAGACGACAACUGAAGGACCAAUUUUACCUUUAACUACACCGUCUUACGAAGAAAUCACAACUCCAAGAUUAACAGAACAAACGAUCGUUGUACCUAGCACUGUUCAUCCGCCAGCCUACUGUGACAGCAACAAUUUUAUUCCUCUUAUUCAGUAUUUGAACGAUGAGGUUACCUUCAACGCUAGUAGCAUCAAAGGUCCUAUGUUCUUGCCUGAAUAUUCACCAUUAAAUGGCAAAGUUUUUGAGGGAUCUGCUGGAUACUGGGAACCCGCAUACAUUAACUCUGAUCAAUGGCUUGACAUCGAGUUCCAAAAACCUGAACCCAUUUACGGAGUCGUUAUGCAGGGAAGUGAGCUGGAAGAAAAAUUUGUCACCAGCUAUCAAAUACUGUUUUCUGAGAAUGGCAACUCAUUCUCCUACAUAUUAGAUGACCAAAAGCAACCACAAUUAUUUAGAGGACCUGUGGAUGAAUUUAAACCAGUUGAACAGAAAUUUUAUGAACCUGUAGAAGCUAAAGUUGUCAGGAUAAAUCCAUUGUCUUGGCACAAUGGGAUAGCGAUGAAAGUGGAACUGCUUGGUUGCCAAGAUCUUACAAUUACUACUACAGAAAGUGUUCCUAUAAUAACAACAGUGUUGACCGAGGAAACUGUGAAGCCAAUGUGUGACGAGCCAAUGGGUUUGGAUAAUGAUCUGAUUUUCCCCGAUCAACUUUCUGCUUCUUCUUCUGCGACAGAUUUGUUGCCAAACAUUAAAUUGACAUCUCCAUACGCCUGGCACCCCAAAUUAGACAAUCCACAUCAAUACUUGAAAAUUGACUUCCUGGAACCCCGUAAUUUAACAGGAAUUACUACAAAGGGUGGUGAAGGUACCUGGACAACUGUCUACAAAGUUUUUUACAGCAAUGACGAUCGUUACUGGAAUCCAGUGGUCGAUAAAUAUGGCUUGGAGAAAGAGUUCUUAGGCAACUUCGAUUCUGAGACACUUAAGAAAAACUACUUUGACAAACCAUUAAAUGCAAGGUAUCUGAAAGUGCAACCAGUAAAAUGGCAUGAACAUAUAGGCCUGAAAUUGGAACCUAUUGGUUGCUUUGUACCGUACACUAAGAUAUUAGUGACCACUGAGAAGAUUGAAACGACAACAGAAAUUGAAAAAUGCAACGUCUGUGAGGGAAUAUCGUAUAACAAUCAAACUAGUUGCACAUGCAAUGAAUCGUACUGGUGGAAUGGGAAUUCUUGUGUGACUAAUCAAGAAUGUCCUUGUGUGGUUGGACAUGUACCGUACAACGUGGGUACAACAUAUAUAAAUGAUAAUUGCGAAGAAUGCACGUGUACCUUAGGAGGAGAUUCUUUCUGUCAGCCAAAGAAAUGUGAACCUUGUCUUGAUUCUGAAAUGAGACCAGUAAUAAACGAAUUGUGCAAUUGCGUGUGCAAACCUUGCCCAACUGGUACACUCCUUUGUCCAACCAGCGAUGUUUGUAUCGAUGAAAAUUUAUGGUGCAAUGGCAUUCAAGACUGUCCUGAUGAUGAAAAGAAUUGUGCAACAACUGUGUCUAGUUUGAAACACAGUACUACGACAGAAACUCCAGCUCCACCAGAAUUAUGUCAAGACCCAAUUUGUCCACCCGGUUACAAGACAGUUUUACAAUCUUCCAUGAAGUCAAGAUAUUUCAAGAAAUCUUACGGAAGGUCUGGAGUGAAAACCUUAAGCAAACAUCCUCGAAGACAUAAAGGACUUAGGAAAUCCAUUCAGCAAUAUUCGAAUAACGUCGAAUGGCAGAAACCGGAAAAUGCGACUAAGUGUGACCAGUUCACCUGUGUACCCAAUAAACCACCACCAAUUUUCAAUAGUAAUAAACCACAAACCUGUCCAGAGGCAUCUUGUCCGCCAGGUUACACAGUAGUUUAUGAAAAGAUGAGCAUGUACAAACUUCAAAAGUGUCGAAAGUAUACCUGCAAGCCUCCUGCACCCCAGGAAGCUAUAUGCAACAUAACAGGAAGGACAUUCAACACAUUUGAUAACUUGGAGUAUAAGUAUGACGUGUGCAACCACAUUUUGGCUAGAGAUAUGUACACCAAUAAGUGGUACAUUACACUGGAGAAGCAGUGCGAUGCACGGACAGGUGUUUGUAUUAGAAACUUGGUGGUGACUGUGGACGACAAUGUCAUUGUCUUGUAUCCUAACAUGCAUGCAGAUAUCAAUGAUUAUAAUUUCACACCGAAUCAAAUAGCACGACUUGGUGAUCAAUUUUUAUCGUUCAAGAUAUCCGUAGUCGGCGAUGUUAUGUAUUUGCUAUCAAACUAUUAUGGGUUCUGGGUGCUUUGGGACACAAACUCUAAUGUGAAAAUAGGAGUUUCCACGAAGCUAGCUCACCAGGUAGACGGUUUAUGCGGCUACUUCGAUGGAUAUAUGCAGAACGAUAAGCAACUGCCUACUGGGAACCAGGCUAGAAGCACUACAGAAUUUGGAGACAGCUGGGCGAUGGAGGGAGUGCCAGAAUGCGAUCCACAAAUCUGCCCUUAUGACGUCCAAGCAGAGAGCUUGAAGAUUUGCAAUACAGUGAAAGAUUCGUCAUUGGCAGUAUGCUCUAACAUUUUAGACCUAGAGAAAUUCGCGUCUCGUUGCAUGGAGAGUACAUGCAAUUGUCUACGCAGCAAUCAUACGUAUGACGACUGUCGUUGUCGCACAUUAACUAACUUUGUUACUGAAUGUCAGGCUGGUGAUUUGAACUUUGAUCUGUCCACUUGGAGAAGUAUUUAUGAUUGUCCUGUCUUUUGUACUCCGCCAUUUGUCCAUAAAGAUUGUUUCAGAAACAAAUGUGAGACCAGUUGCGACAAUUUACAACAAAUAGACCCUUGUCCAGUGAUGGAGGGUGUGUGUUUCUCUGGAUGUUUCUGUCCAGAGGGAACAGUACGCAAUGGCGAUGAAUGUGUGCCUGCGACACAGUGCAAGGAUUGCACUUGCGAAUGGCUUAGCAACUCGAAGUUCAUUAGUUUCGAUAGGAAGAAUGUUAAGUUUGAUGGUAAUUGCACAUACGUUCUGUCGAGAGAUGUUACAGAGAAUCAGAAAGACUCUGGAAAUCAUGCGUACCAAGUGUUGGUUUCUAAUGGGGUUUGUAACACUGGUACCUGUGUAGAAGCACUCACAGUGCUUUAUAAAGAGCACAUUGUUGAAAUUAAGGAGGGUGUACCGUUACAAGAGUUCGAGGUGGUGGUGGAUGGCUCAAAAGUACCCGAAUUUCCCUACAACAUAACUUGGUUGGCUCUAGAACAAACACCUUCCGAGAAAUUACAUUUAUUGAUACCUUCGGUGCAACUUGAAAUCACGGCUUAUGUAGACAAGUUUGCGUUCAGCCUGACACUUCCUUCACACAUUUUUGGAGGAGCAAUGGAGGGUCUCUGUGGCAAUUGUAACGAUGAUCCUGAAGAUGAUUUGAGAAAACAGGACGGAGGGAUCGCAAAUGACAUGCAAGACUUUGGUACCAGCUGGUUAGUCACUGAAUCACCACACGGGAUUAACUUAAACACAGAUGCUUGCACGUCCAAUAACCAGAGUAAAUGUAUACUGCCACCAGCCGACCAAGAUCCAUGCAGAAAUUUGUUGAACCCAGUAGACUUUGGAAGCUGCCACAACUUUGUUGAUCCAUUGCCCUACUUAAUGGCUUGCCAAGACAGUUUAUGUACUGGAGGUGGCUUCUGUGACAGCUUUGAAGCAUACGCAAGAAUGUGCCAACAAAUGAAAGUAUGUCUGAUUUGGAGAAGCAGCGAAGUGUGUCCUUACAAUUGUCCACCUCACUUAGAGUAUCGACCGUGCGAAUCAAGCUGCAAGGAAACUUGUGACACUAUCAAUGAAGUUGAUGAUACCAAAUGCGCAACCAACCUUGCAGAAGGCUGUUUCUGUCCCCAUGAUUUUGUUCUUCACAAUGACACUUGUAUUCCAAAGAAUAAAUGUCUCGUGUGCGAUGAAGAAGGCCACGUUGCGGGUGACGUAUGGUUCCCAGAUGUCUGCACCAAGUGCACAUGCGACAAGAAAGUUAUCAAUUGUCAGAAAACAGAGUGUCCGAGUGUGAACACCAUUUGCGAAGAGAACAUGACACCUGUUGCUGUCAACGGAACAGAAACAGACUGCUGCACGAAAUACGUUUGUAUUCCUAGCAUUGUAACAACUGAAGCACCAUUAUGCACAGAAGAAAUCCUGAUGCCAGAAUGCGGUUAUGGGCAGAUUACAAAGGUAACAACCGGCUCUGAUGGAUGCAAGAAAUUUAUCUGUGAAUGUCUGCCACCGUCCGAGUGUCCAUCUCUAAAUGAGAUUAGUAGCCUUGAUGUUGACGUGCUUCUUCCUGGUUUCGUACACAAGACAAAUACAUCCGGAUGCUGUCCGAGAUUAAUGAAAAUCUGUGAUAUAAAUUCUUGUCCUCUACCACCAAUGUGUCCAGAAUACCAUGAAUUAAGAUCUCUUACACUGGAGAACGCUUGUUGCUCUGACUAUAAAUGCAUACCACCAAAUGAUCUUUGCUUAUAUAACAUUACAACAGAUAAGAAACUAGAACUGUCGGAGAAGGUGAUUGCAAGGAAAAUAGGAGAGCAAUGGAUGGAAGGAGCAUGCACUUCCUGCACUUGUGAACUCUCUGACGAAGGCACUCCGAAGCCAAAGUGCUCUACGACGAAAUGUUUGCAGGUUGCAGAUCAUCCUGACGUGUUUGAUUUCGUUGUAGAAGAAGUUUACCAAAAAGACGAAUGUUGUCCCAGCUUCGAGAGAUCUGCUUGUAAGGACGGAGAACAGGUGUACAAUGUCGGUGAGACUUGGCAACCUAAUCCUGAAGAUAGUUGCACUUUGUUGGAGUGUGUUAAAGACGAGAAUGGAAUACGAAAGCAAUUAAGAGUGCAAGAAUGUAAUACUGUUUGCGAUAUAGGCUUCGAGUAUCAACCUACUAGCAAUAAGAGCACUAACUGUUGUGGAAGGUGCGUAGCAGUUGCUUGUGUCAUUGAAAAUGAGGUGAAGAAUGUUGGUGUAGAAUGGUACUCUUCUGACUUUUGUACCAAAUACUCUUGCAAGUCUAAUAAUGAAAGUGUGUACAUAGAAUCGGUUGUCGAAAAAUGUCCAGACAUAGAUCCUUUAGAAGAGAUAGAAUUUGAGGUAGAGAAACUGUACGUUGAAAAACAGUGCUGCCCAGAGUUUGUUAAAACUGGUUGCCGUUAUAAUAAUGAAGUGCAUAAACCAGGAGAAAAAUGGAAAUCUCUGGAGAACAAUUGUAUCACAGAAUCUUGUGUACUGAAUUCAACUGUAACAAAGUAUAAAGAGGUGGAAGUGUGCUCAAAGAAGUGUCCGUUUGGAUGGACAUACGAAGAACAAGAGGGUCAAUGUUGUGGAUCAUGCAAGCAGUCGCAUUGUGUAGUCGGGGACAUGUUAUAUGAAGCAGGUGCAACUUGGAUGUCCACUGAUAACUGCACUUCUUACUCAUGUAUGAGUCAAGGAGAUCAGCUGUCUGUCAGCAGCAGUUCUGUCAUUUGUCCUGACAUAACUAACUGUCCUGAUGAUUCUAUUUACACUCAGAAUUGUUGCAAAAUGUGCAACCUAACUUCCUACAACCAGAAUGUCGACGAAUGUGUUACCAAUGUCAUAGAUUCGAAUACCACAACUGGUAUGUUUAGCAUCAGGCAUCGAGUACAUGGACUCUGCAAAAACUAUGUACCCAUCUUUGGUAUGAAAGAAUGUAGAGGAAAAUGUGAAUCCGCUUCGUAUUUCGAUACAGAUAAUUGGAAACCAAUAGCCAACUGUCAGUGUUGUCAGCCUACGAAGUAUACAAGUCUUAUCAUUGAAUUGAUAUGCGAAGAUUACAAGAGGUUGAAAGAGCGGAUAGUUUACCCUGUUUCUUGUUCUUGUUCGGAAUGCAGUUCAGGUGGAUUCGGUUCCAAAGGCAGAAAAGGCGGAGUAAAGGGCUGAAAGCUCUUAAGGGUGUAGCUUAUACAAAUAUUAUUCAUUAAUAUUAUUUAAUAAUGCAUAUAUAUUUUUUGUAUAUAUAUACAUUUUAUAACAGUUCAUAUAUCGGCUUUCUUCAAAGAUAUACUAGAGAUUAUAUCUCAAAUUUUAUAGCAUACUAAGUACAAUAAAAAUUAUUCAGUCUUUCUUAACAAGACUUUGUUUUUUUUCUCGCAUAUACGCAUACACGUGCACUAUUCGAAUUUGCCUCUUAUGUUUGUACUUCAAGAUUUGGAAUUUUAAUUUUCAUAUAGAUACAAAUGUUGAAGAGCAGAUGUUUAUCUCGGUAGAAAAAAAAGAGAAUCGC